GUUAUUAAUGCCUUGAUGGGGCAAGCUCAAAAAAAAAUUAGGAGUAAAUUGGUUAAUUGAAAUUGAAAAACUGGAAAAUUGGAUAUAAAGGCCGACGGUCAAUUAAUUUUCGAAAGCUACGGCAGCGAUUGAGGGUUGGAUCGAAGAGAAUGGAGGAAUCUUCAACAUCUGCUCUUAAUUCCUCUAACAUCGGAUUUCAGUUGUUGAAGAAACAUGGUUGGAAGGAAGGAACUGGUCUUGGUGCUUCUCAACAGGGGAGGUUGGAGCCUGUGAAAACAUAUGUUAAAAAGAACAAAAGAGGUUUAGGGGCUGAAAAGUGGAAAAAGAAGACCUUGCAAUCAUCCACAACAAUCACCUCCAGAGAGAAGGAAAAAACUGAGAAAAUGUCAAAAAAGGAGAAAGCACUCUCUAAAAGGGUGAGGAAAAUGCUGGAUGAAGAAAAGCGUCGGCAAGAAAAUGAAGUUCGUCAAGCAUUCUUCAGAGAGUUUUGGCCAGAGAAUGUCUGACAUUGGGUCACUAGGAAAACUAAUUGCAUGCCCUUAUUUGUUUACGAUACCGUGUACAGAUCUUUCUCCCACUAUUUUUUUGUUGUCAUGUAUAGCCGACUUUAUUCUGUUGUAUGGAUACUCAACCUGAAGUUUUGGAAGCCAAAUCGGAGAACCAAAACCAUACUUACAUUAUGUUCAAGAAUUGAAAGUGUUACAAAACAUAAUUUAUUAUACAAAUUUUUGUA